CGCGCCCCGUUCUACCGAUUCAAGACGACCCUCCCGCGCUGCGCCACGUCAGCAGCCACGUUCGGGUGCAUCACCGCCCUCCUCUACUCCCUACUGCUCCGCCCGCUCCUCCUGCCGCUCCUCGCCACCGCCAUCACCACCGCCAUCGGCAUCCCCCUCCCCUUCCUCGCCGCCCCACCCCUGUCCAUCCGCGCGCUGCUGCUCUGUCUGCUGGCCCGCCUGCACGCCGUGGCGUUCCUGGCCUUCUCCUGGGAGGCGGCAGCGGCCGCCACGGACAUCUUCCUCACCCAUCGCCAUCUCUUCCUCCCGCGCCCUCCUCCCCCUCCUCCCCCCUCGCCCCCCUCCUCCUCGCCCUCUCCCCCUCCCCGUCCCCCGCCCCUCCUCCGUCCCCGCCCCCCCUGCCCCUCCUCGCCCUGCCUGCGCCCCCCGCCCUGCCCCGCCUCGUGCUCCACUGGGCGCUGCUCGACCUCUCGCUGCUCGCCGAAUCAGAGGCUGACACGUGGCGCCGUGCAGCGCUGUUUGAGUCGCAGGAGGCGUACGGCACGGUGGUGGCGGCGUGCAUCCGCCCAGUCGACGCCAUGACGGCCCGAGUCGCUGCCGCCGCUGGUUACCCCACCGUUACCACUGCACUGCAGCAGCAGCAGCAGCAGCAGUACUCGUUACAGUCACCCACGGCUGCAGUCACAGCAGCCGGGUUUGUCUCUGCUGAAGGGAUGAGAUGGCGGCAGGGGAAGGGUGGAGGGAAGGGGGUGGAGGGGCAGGCGCUGCAAGGGGGAGGGGUCGGGGGGAGCGGCGCAUAUGGGGUGUUCGGGGGGGCGGCGUGGAAUGGAGGGGCGGGAUCAGAUGGUGGCGAGGCAGGGGGGGCAGGGGGGAGUGGAAUGGGCGUGAGGGGUCUGCAGGGGAGGAGGAGAACGCCCAGCGCUGCUGAGGUGUUCUUUGACUGGCAGGUGAGAGGGCGGCAGGUGAGAGGGCGGCAGGUGAGAGGGCGGCAGGUGAGAGGGCGGCAGGUGAGAGGGCGGCAGGUGAGAGGGCGGCAGGUGAGAGGGCGGCAGGUGAGAGGGCGGCAGGUGAGAAGGCGGCAGGUGAGAGGGCGGCAGAUGAGAAGGCGGCAGGUGAGAGGGCGGCAGCUGUGCGCCAUGAGCAUGCGAGCGCUGGCAGCGCUGACAGCAGCGUCGCGCGCGGAGGACCGCAUGGGCGUGGCGCAGAUGGCGGGCGCCAACGCCGCGGCGCUCUCCUCGCUGCUCUCCGCGCUGCUCGCCCUCGACCACCUCCUCCUCUCCCCCUCCCACCGCCACCCCGCCGCCCCAGCCACCUUCUCUGGCUUCGGGGAAGCUUCCUCGCAAGCGACUCCUCCAGGUGCCUCUCAGCCUGCCUUCUCCCACCAGACCCCGGCUCUAGCUUCGGGAAGUGGGGGAUUAUUUGGCACACCGACCCUCGGUCUUAGCCUCACCCUUACCUUCCCCCUUCGCCUCCCCCUUGGCUUCGCCCUCCCCCUCGCCCCCCUGGGGCCCUUUCCAGCCGCUCUCCUGCAGCCACUGGCGCCACGUCUUGAGCAUCAAGUGAAUCCACUGGACGGUGAGUUCCCUCGUCGCCGCCCCAGCGUGCCCCCUGAAGCCAGAGUGCACGCAUCCCUCCCCCCCUCACCUGCGUCCCCCCUCACCUGCGUCCCCCCUCACCUGCGUCCCCCCUCACCUGCGUCCCCCCUCACCUGCGUCCCCCCUCACCUGCGUCCCCCCUCACCUGCGUCCCCCCUCACCUGCGUCCCCCCUCACCUGCGUCCCCCCUCACCUGCGUCCCCCCUCACCUGCGUCCCCCCUCACCUGCGUCCCCCCUCACCUGCGUCCCCCCUCACCUGCGUCCCCCCUCACCUGCGUCCCCCCUCACCUGCGUCCCCCCUCACCUGCGUCCCCCCUCACCUGCGUCCCCCCUCACCUGCGUCCCCCCUCACCUGCGUCCCCCCUCACCUGCGUCCACUCCUCCGAGGCGGCCUUGUUGGUGGUGUGCAGGCGAGCGGGGCGGCCCGUGGCGCGGUGGAAGUCGGCGACGUACUGGUGCAGGGGGCGUGGUAG